AAGAUGCCCGGUCGUUGUUAUUAUUUUGAUUACUGCUUUCAGCCGGUCCAUUUGAUCGCCGUGGGAAACCCUGUGGAUUAAUCACCUGGCCGCUCUCCCUGUGUUGUCAGACAGUCUACAAUAGCCAAGGUCUCACUUCCUCGCUUAUCACUUUUUCUUCGACUGCCUGCCUGCCUUUUCUUUUCCUGAUUGUAAGAGAGAGACAGAGAAGAAAUCCCUGGGCCCUCCUCUUUCUCUGGUUUGCAUGAAGGAGAAGAGAUGGCUGCAGACGGAGCGAGAUCUAGGUUUGGGAAUCUUGGCUACCGAGGAGGAGGAAGCAGUAGCAGCAGCAGCCCAUCUUCUAGCCCAAAACUGGGAGGGGGGAAGACCAGGACCCCACCGCAGCAACAUAGACAUGCCAAUGCCACUUCUUCCUCAUCACCUGGGACCAAACACCAGCAGCUCAAGCCUGCCUCUUCCUCCCCUGGUCAUAGCUUUAAGAAAGUGACCCUCACCAAGCCCACCUUCUGCCACCACUGCACGGAUUUCAUCUGGGGUCUUGGUGGCUUCCAAUGCGAAGUCUGCAGUUUCAUGUCGCAUGAAAAGUGCCUGAAGCAUAUAAAGACCCUGUGCUCAUGUAUGGCCCCAAGUCUAGUGAGGGUUCCAGUAUCUCAUUGUUUCCGAUCACCUGGGCAUUAUAAAAAGAAGUUUUGCGCUGUGUGUAGAAAGCACCUAGAUGAUAGCUUGGCUUUACGUUGUGAAGUGUGUGAACUCCAUGUACAUACAGACUGUGUCCUGUUCACUUGCAGUGACUGCCGACAGUGCCACCAUGGGGGUGAGCAGGAUCACGACACCUAUCACCAUCACUGGCGAGAGGGGAAUUUCUCUUCAAGUGCGCGGUGUGAGGUUUGCAAGAAAACAUGUGGGUCUUCUGAAGUUCUCUCUGGAAUCAGAUGUGAAUGGUGUGGCAUUCAGGCACACACUGCAUGCUUCAGUGUCCUGAACCAUGAUUGUACCUUUGGUCGUCUAAGGAAUAUGAUGCUUCCACCACAUUGCGUUUGUUUACACUCACGAAACUUCAGCAAAAUGCAUUGCUUUAGAAUAUCCGAGUCUCUCCAAACUGAUCAAGAUGAUGAUAAUGAACUCGAGGGAGUAACACAGGGAUCUGUGAAAGAAACACCCACAUCAGCUGAUUCAAGCAAACAAAGUUUAAAGAUUUACGAUGGCCUCGAUGCAGUCAAGCGUAACCAGCCUAGAACAAUCUCUGUCCCAAGGAUUACAAAGAGUGAUGAAGUUGUGGAGGCAGCCCUGAGGUCAUACUACAUUCCUGACAACCCACAGGACUAUGAACUUCAGAUGUUGAGUCAGCAAUCGCUAGUCUGCGAUGACAUCAUUAACAGAAAUGGUGCGACAGAGGAGAGCAAAGGCAGUUCUGUGUUCAGAGAAGCGGAAGCGUGGAUCAUCAAGGCAAAGCCAAAGGACCGCGAAGUCAUUAAAGUUUAUCCUGGAUGGAUGAAAGUUGGUGUAGCAUAUAUUUCUAUACCAGUUACCAAGGAAAACACUGUUCUUGAUGUCAUUCAGGAAGUUCUUCUACAGCUUGGUCAGCAGAAGGACUUUCUGGAGAACUUCAGACUGGUGGAAGUUUUUAUGGGUAGCAAGCAAGUACAGCGAAGAAUCCUUCAGGUAGAGGAAAUAAUUCUUGAUGUUCUUAAAGAUAUAAGAAAGACUUCAGUACGUCAGAUGAACCAGACAAGAUUUUAUAUUGAAGAAAAACAAAAGUUUGACAUUCAGAUACAUAUUCUGAUUGGAGGUUUACCACCUCUCAUGUCUGCUGAAGAAUAUAAAAAUAUCUUAAAAGAAAAUCUAGACAUAAAAGAACAUCUGGUUUCUGUGAUUCCUACAUAUUCUCCACAAGGUGCUGUUGUGCUGCAAAUCUCCUGUUUUUCUGAAGCAGAAAGAAUAUUUAUGCUUGUGAAAGACACCACUGUGAACAACAAGCCCCUUACCGGUGUAAUUAUUCCUCAGAUUAUGCAUGAAAAAUUACCCCAGAGCUCUUGUCCUCUUCUCGUGUUUGUGAAUCCCAAAAGCGGAGGGCUUAAAGGCCGUGAUCUUCUCUACAGUUUCCGUAAAUUAUUGAAUCCACACCAAGUUUUCGAAUUAACAAAUGGGGGUCCCCUGCCUGGAUUCCAUACAUUCGCUCAGGUCCCUUACUUUCGAGUGCUUGUGUGCGGCGGCGAUGGGACAGUUGGAUGGGUUCUUGGUGCAUUAGAGGAGAUACGGCACAAGUUAGUGUGCACAGAGCCGUCUAUAGCUGUCCUGCCACUGGGAACAGGAAAUGACCUGGGAAGAGUGCUUCGAUGGGGAGCUGGUUACAGCGGGGAGGAUCCAUAUUCCGUACUUAUUUCUGUGGAUGAAGCAGAAAAUGUUCUAAUGGAUCGUUGGACCAUACUUCUAGAUGCUCAAGAGGUUGUUGACUCAAUGGAAAAUGGCAUCUCAGAACCUGAGCCGCCUAAGAUUGUUCAGAUGAACAACUAUUGUGGUAUCGGAAUUGAUGCUGAACUGAGUUUGGAUUUUCAUCAAGCCCGGGAGAUUGAGCCAGGAAAAUUUAACAGCAGGUUCCACAACAAGGGUGUUUAUGUAAAAGCUGGCUUGCAGAAGUUAAGCCACAACAGAAAUUUGCAUAAGGAUUUAAAACUUCAGGUUGAUCAACAAGAAGUGGAUUUACCCAACAUAGAGGGUCUUAUUUUUCUUAAUAUUCCCAGCUGGGGAUCAGGAGCUGAUCUCUGGGGCUCUGAAAAUGACAAUCGAUAUGAUAAACCAAGAAUUGAUGAUGGAUUGCUUGAAGUUGUAGGAGUUACUGGUGUGGUGCACAUGGGCCAGGUACAAGGAGGUCUGCGUUCAGGCAUACGGAUAGCCCAGGGUUCGUACUUCCGUGUAACACUUCUAAAGCCUAUACCUGUCCAAGUUGAUGGUGAGCCCUGGAUCCAGCCACCAGGGCAGAUCAUUAUUUCUGCCGCAGGACCGAAGGUUCAUAUGCUGAAGAAGUCUAAACAGAAACAAAAGAAAACCGCAUCAAGCUCAAAAGACGCAAAAGUAGAAUACGUUACCAGUAAUGAAAACGGGAGCUAAGAACAGAUGAUCCAUGAGGAGGACCUCGGUAACCUUACAAUAAGACGUGGGAACAGCCAGAAAAUGAACUGUCUGCCUGGCGCGUCUUGUUGGAGAGCUGCUGGGAGCAAAGACUUCUUCCGCUCUCUUUAACUCCAUUGCUUCUGUAAAGCUAGCGCGCAAAGCUCAGCUUUAAUAUAGAUCGGCUUCCGGUAACAGUUUUGCCUUGAAUGUUUUCAUGUAUGACGUAAGCAGGGCUGUCCCGUCUGUAUAUCUUGAGACAAUUCUAUCUUCCUUCUUAACCUGUGAAUAAAAUAACCUGUCCGCUCAUGUGUUAAUAGCAAACAUAGACUUGUUAGACGUUUAGCAGAGUAUAGAUUAAGUAUCAAUGUUAAGUUAUAACUUUUUUUUUAUUUUUGUUUUUUAGCUUGGUAGUAAAGUUGCCAAGUGAGACUGUGCGUGGAAUUUGAGGGGAACUACUGUCGGGUUGUUGUUGUUUGUGUCGGCAAUAUACAACUUUCUAAAUGACGUGUAUUAGUUUAAUAUAUACAGGAUGCAGAACACUAUAUUUUUUCGAAAAUAUAUAAUUUUUUUAUACUUAUUUGACGUAGAGUGUCUUCUGAACAACUCAACAUUUUGUGUUCUCAAAAGCUUAUUGGUACAAGGCAACAGAUUAUGAAAGGGGUGAACUAACACUAUGCCACAGGUGUUCAGGAGCUUAGUUUCAAAGUUUAAAUGAAAUACUUUGCGUAUUUAUUUUUAUUGUAAGAGGGGUUUCUGACAGCUUUUUUUUCUCUUUUUUUUUUU